CUUUCAGCACCGCCUUGUGGUCCCAGGUAAGUUUCCACUCUGGUACUUCAGCCCUGGGCUCGAACCUGCGGACACACUGCGGCUGCAACGCCCCACCCGCCAGACCUCUACUCGGAGUACGCAGCGCGGCUGGUGAGAAACAUUGUGCACUCUGACUUCCACGCGUGGAAUGGGGAGAUGGACCGCACGGCGGGCAAACCUGCUCGGGCUGAUGGACGGCAGGCGGACUGUGUGCGCAGGCACGGGCGGCAGCACUGAUAGAGCCAGCCAGCCAGCCAGCCAGCCAAAGCCAGGCCAGCACAACUGACGGUCCCGGAUCCCGCCAGGAGGCGGCCGAGCGCCAACUUUACGAUACUGCGCCUGCGCCACGACCGCCAACGCGCCUACUCUACGCUUGCGCGGCGCAACUUAGAGCCGACUAGAGCUGGAAGAUGGCGGCGUCCGUGGUGUGCCGGGCCGCUACCUCCGGGGCACAAGUGCUAUUGCGCGCCCGCCGCUCGCCGACCCUGCUGCGGACGCCAGCCUUGCGGAGUACGGCAACCUUCGCUCAGGCGCUCCAGUUCGUGCCGGAGACGCAGGUUAGCCUGCUGGACAACGGCCUGCGUGUAGCCUCCGAGCAGUCCUCUCAGCCCACUUGCACGGUGGGAGUGUGGAUUGAUGUUGGCAGCCGUUUUGAGACUGAGAAGAACAAUGGGGCAGGCUACUUUUUGGAGCAUCUGGCUUUCAAGGGAACAAAGAAUCGGCCUGGCAGUGCCCUGGAGAAGGAGGUGGAGAGCAUGGGGGCCCAUCUUAAUGCCUACAGCACCCGGGAACACACAGCUUACUACAUCAAGGCGCUGUCCAAGGAUCUGCCAAAAGUUGUGGAGCUCUUGGGUGACAUUGUGCAGAACUGUAGUCUGGAAGACUCACAGAUCGAGAAGGAACGUGAUGUGAUCCUGCGGGAGAUGCAGGAGAAUGACGCAUCUAUGCGAGACGUGGUCUUUGACUACCUGCAUGCCACAGCAUUCCAGGGCACACCUCUAGCCCAGGCUGUGGAGGGGCCCAGUGAGAAUGUCAGGAAGCUGUCUCGUGCAGACUUGACCGAGUACCUCAGCACUCAUUACAAGGCCCCUCGAAUGGUGCUGGCAGCAGCUGGAGGAGUGGAGCACCAGCAACUGUUAGACCUUGCCCAGAAGCACCUUGGUGACAUCCCUUGGACAUACGCAGAGGACACUGUGCCCGCUCUUACUCCGUGCCGCUUCACUGGCAGUGAGAUCCGCCACCGUGACGAUGCUCUACCUUUUGCUCAUGUGGCCAUUGCAGUAGAGGGUCCUGGCUGGGCCAGCCCGGACAAUGUGGCCUUGCAAGUGGCCAAUGCCAUCAUCGGCCACUAUGAUUGCACUUACGGUGGUGGCGUGCACCUGUCCAGCCCGCUGGCUUCAGGUGCCGUGGCCAACAAGCUAUGCCAGAGUUUCCAGACCUUCAGCAUCUGCUAUGCAGACACGGGUUUGCUGGGUGCACACUUUGUCUGUGACCGAAUGAAAAUCGAUGACAUGAUGUUCGUCCUGCAAGGGCAGUGGAUGCGCCUGUGUACCAGUGCCACGGAGAGUGAGGUGGCCCGGGGCAAAAACAUCCUCAGAAAUGCCCUGGUGUCUCAUCUAGAUGGCACUACUCCUGUGUGUGAGGACAUUGGUCGCAGCCUCCUGACCUAUGGCCGCCGCAUCCCCCUGGCUGAAUGGGAAAGCCGGAUUGCGGAGGUGGAUGCCAGUGUGGUGCGUGAGAUCUGCUCCAAGUACAUCUAUGACCAGUGCCCAGCGGUGGCUGGAUAUGGCCCCAUUGAGCAGCUCCCAGACUACAACCGGAUCCGUAGCGGCAUGUUCUGGCUGCGCUUCUAGGCGGGAAGCCUGUGUAAACAAGAGAGCUGGGCUGGGGCUCGUGGUCCCCCCACCACAAACACAGCACUCCGGCUCCUCUAACCUGUGCCGCAGGUGACCACCAAUAAAAUCUUCUGCUGAGAAA